AUGUCCGCAUUCGCGCCCGAAGACCCAGACGAUUACUCGUACGCCGAGGCCGACCCCGCGGAAACCUCCACCCCUCCGCACCCCGACUCGAUAGGCGACGACGCAGGAGCCUCGCACGGCCGGGGCCACUCCAAUAACCCUCUGCUGGGAUCUGAUCACCCCAUAGUCUCGGAUCUGGAGCAGGAAGUGCUGGAGGAAUAUGCUCGAUUGCUGCGGAAUGUGAAUCAGCUCUCCGAUAAACUGGCCGACCUUGCGGGUUCGCCUGCCUCCAUGCCCCUCGAUGGUCUUCGGCUUUUGGAACGCAAGACUGCCACUGUGUGCACCCUUCUCAAAGCCAGUGUGUAUAGCAUUGUUUUGCAGCAGCAGAUUUGGAAUGAGAAUGAAGAGCAGCAGCAACAGCAGCAGAAUGAGGAUCAUUUCCAGGACCAAGAGUAUCAACACGGAGGAUAUCAGCAUGGAGGCUAUGAGGGAGAAGGAGAUAUGACCUUCCAAUGA